GAGCAAACCUGAACACCGUAGCGAUAGCGUCUUCUAUGCUAUGGUUGUAGUUUGGUGCGUACAAAAUUGUAACGCGCUGCGUCACAGUGUUCAAUUUUGGUUCUACAGGUAGCCAGGAGUUCGAUACAUCAGGCUGUGCUAAGUAGUUGGCGUUGUAAAGCUAUCUUUUGCGACAUUUCUGGUCUCGAAAAGUGAUCGGAUACGAAAUUUCGACAUUUCCAGCAUCGUAGAGACCCGCGGGCUCGCGGCCUCGCGCGAUUGGCCGGUCGGCAGCACGAUUUGUGCCAAUGAGCGGCGAGCGCGCUUUUUUCGCCUCCGCCGCCGGGAAGCCGCGCACCCGGUCGACCGUCACACGCCCGGUUGCUCCCGUAGCGUUCGCACAGUUUUUUUGUCCGUGCCGGUAGCAUUUCCUUUCUCGCAGCAGCAGUCAUGGCUGAGGAGACGAGCACAGCCGCAGCAGCGCCGGCCGCGUCGUCGGCACCCCAGAGCCCCAAGAAGAAGGCGGCGCGCGGAGCCGGCAAGCCCCGCACCACGGCCAGCCACCCCAAGGUGUCGGCCAUGGUGAACGCGUCCAUCGGCGAGCUGAAGGAGCGCGGAGGGUCGUCUCUGCAGGCCAUCAAGAAGCACAUGGCAGCCACCUACAAGGUGGACGUGGAGAAGCUGUCGCCGUUUAUCCGCAAGUACCUCAAGUCGGCCGUCACCUCGGGCGCGCUGGUCCAGACCAAGGGCAAGGGCGCCAGCGGUUCGUUCAAGCUGGCUGCGGGCGCCGCUGCGGGCGAGAAGAAAAAGGCCAAGGCUGCAGGAGUCGUCAAGAAAGCCGCCAAGAAGCCCGCCAAGAAGACUCCCAAGAAGUCUCCCAAAAAGGCUCCCAAGAAGGUGGCGGUCAAGAAGGCCAAGCCAGCAAAGAAGCCCAAGGCCGAGAAGAAGGCGUCGCUGCCCAAGAAGCCGGCGGCCAAGAAGGCGGCCACCCCAAAGAAGGCAGCCAAGAAGUAAAGCUCGGCCUCCUCGAGUCGGCCCCACGGGCACACACACAAACGGCCCUCGUCAGGGCCACCCAAAACGUCUGCCUCGGCGGAGCCGUUUACCGCGGUGCUCCGACCCCCGUGACCUCUCGUUUUCGCCCGGUCAUUCUCCAUCGAUCGAUCGCGCCGCCGUAACCACGGGCUCCGAUCUCAAAUAACAACCAGGUCACGGACUUGCCCGUGCGCGCUCCUCUGCGCGAAUCCCCCACGUUCGAGGACAGCGCGCUUAACUGCAUCUAAAAUACCGGCUACGGUGUUUAACUGCACCGUGGCCGGUAUGCUGCGAUCGCGUCAGCCGGACCCUCGUGUCGCCGGCGGCAAUCCACCGCAGUUGCGGCCGCGCAAGGGUCUCGGCUGCCAGCGGGAUAGGUUUCGCAAAGAAAGCUUUGCUCUAACAUGUAUAAGGGGGCAGGUGUAAGACGUGCAUCCUUAGAUAAUUUUGAGAAAGUUAUGUUUAUAUGAGGCAAGUAAUUACAUCUGAUGCAUACAAUUGCCAUCGUUUUCAUCUUGCGCAUUAGUCAUGCACCAUUGACAAGGUGUGCGUAAUGCAAACACAAUCUUAGGUGGAUGCAUAGUGAGUGUGAUGUAGCAGCGAUAAUGUGCAUGCACAAAGGACCCAUUGAGUAUUGUGUGCUAUUCCGUAAGGUGUUUGUGUUUUAUAGAUAACAAUGGACAAGUAUGUAGAGGUUUUAUGAAAUAUUAAUCGGAAAGCCUUAAGUCCGGUUCUAUGAUACAGAAACCAUCAGCAAUGACUCGUACCUCUUGUAAUUCAGAGGCUACAAGCACUCUGCAAAGUCAAGCAUGCAGUGCAUACAUUCAUUCGAUUCGUAUGUACGACGUAUAGAAACGUGGUGUCUAGUCAAGUGGUACAAAAGAAAAGCAUGUGACGUCAACUACUCGCACCCCUGUAAGGCUGACGAUACAAGUGCUUACCAAAGUGACGCACACAGUGUAUACAUUCCGUGAAAUCACUCUUACAACACAGAACAGCAUACACUUCAAUCUCAUGCUGAUAAAAAUGGUGCAAGUCUGACCCUUCUAUAUGAGCGCACAAAUCGCAGCUAAGCGUCAAAAACGAUCCGAAGAAGCUGAACUGCGAACGCAGCAACCUGAUGAUGCGAGACCGCACAUUACCAAGUGUGUAGUAACGAGACGUUGCUUUGAGGGAUUGCCAGCUGUUUGUACACAGGCGCGAGAAAGUCGGGGCUUUUGCUCCUUGAAUAUAUGACUGCCUAGGCACUACGGAGGAGGGUUCUCUUCGCGCGUGUUGUAUGUGUUUGUCCCCUAGACAUGAUGGAGUGCGAUCGAGUUUACGCUCCGCUGCUGGCUGCCCGCGCUGUGAGGCAGUGGGCACGGAUGUUCCAUUUGGUGAUCGCUGUGUCUGAAAGGGGCGAGGUUCUGACUGGUGUUGUAUAAGUCGCGGGUCGCUUUUUUGUCGCAACGAUAGAUGGAUUUUUUACAAGCACUGCUCCAUGAGGGCACAUGUAACCGGCAGGAGAGCACCUGAGGUUAUAAUAAAGCAGGCAGUGCAGGGUCUCCAGGGCACCCAAGGGGUAGUGGGGGGAUCAAAGGUGCAAGCAGGGCGGCCCGUGGAUUGGUGCCGCGGAGGCUGAAGCGUGCCAGGGGGUGUCCGCACGAAAAGAUUGGCUGUCCGAUGUCGCUGACAACCUAUCUUAUACAGCCCUGGCACGCCUUGCGGUGCUGGUUCUGAGUGAGUCAUCGUCACUGCCGACCAACCGCGGUUGCUAAGGAGCUCUGCCUUCUAGAUUUUUAAUAUAUGUGGCCCGGGCUCUACUAUGGUCGCUACUGCUCCCACAGAAACAUCUGUGAUGUUAUAUACAAGGUACGUUGCCGUAAGGUGUGAGAAAGCUAUGAUCUGCCACGAUUGACUUAGAUAGAUAGAUACAAUAAACUUCAUUGUCCAACGGAUGAGGUGAUCUACCCACCCCUCGACAUGCAGGUCAGGGGGCGAGUGCCGCUGCCUCAGAUGCAGGCUGGGAGGUCUUGGGUCCCAGCAGCCUCUUCAGCCAGUUGGACGAGCUGGAGCUCAGAGUCCGAGCUGCGCAGCAGGGUCUCCCAGGUGUCUCUACUACCUAUUUUGUGCGUUCCCCCGGGAGAGUACGGACAUUCCCAUAUGGGGUCGAGGGUCCCUCUCGCCCCACAAAGAUUACAUCUAUCACUCCUGGCCUCGGGGAACAUGUGGUUCGCCAUAACCGUGUGCAAAUACGUACAAGUUUGUAGUCGUCUACACGCGACUGCUUGUCCGUUGUUUAAUUUUGGGUCUGGUGGGGAUACUUAGCCCGAGCGCCGCAGGUGCUGGACAAUCCGUCCGACACAGUGGUUGCGAAAUCGGGUGUCAGUGCCCGCUGCUUUACCUAUUCUACUGUGCUGGCAGCCAGCGUCCGAGUGUAAACAAACUGGACCAUGCCGGCACGCCUAGGGACAAACGUCUACAACACGCGCUAACCUCCUCCGUAGCGCCUAGGCAGAGCAAAAGCCCCCAGGUUUUCUCUCAUGCCCGCUCUUACUCGUGCCUGCCCGCUAACGGCCGGCGAUCCCUCAAAUCAACGUCUCGUGUGUGUAGCAGGCUUUCACCUUCACGUGGUACAGCAGUGUAACAUGCCGCAGAACUCGUGCAUGAUUACGCAGUACGAAGGUGUGCUGAAUGGCACUACAUACAGGCAAGAUAUCAGCUUGGCAGCAGCCAUGCAAUACUGUGGAGGCAGGUUAGUCAAAGAAAGCUUCACUUCAAAAAUUGUGUGCCUUGCACAAUUAAUGUGGUAUGUAACUCAAGAAACAAUGAGCGCAUGUACAUUAGUUGAAAGCCACACACACACAAAAUGCUAAGGUGGCCUUUGUAAGUGAUUAUGGCAAUAAAAGACCUACUGUUGGCUUUACAAGGGUACUAGGGGAUUGUCUUGACAAACUAGACCUCUAUAAUUUGUGUUCAUGAUCUCGCCUGGCUGUCACAGUAGCUUGAGAAGAGUGGUGAAAGCAGCAGCGAGCAUUUAAUUACCCAUGUGUAUCGGUGGUUUAACCACAGUACAAUCUCUCCGGAGAACAUAAAAAAUAACAUUACGGCAGAACCCAUCACAUGGUGACUGCCGAUAAUAAUGCGCUUAGCAUUCAAGCUAUGUAGCGACACACCAUAUUGCUGUAGUCAUGUUUAUCUAAAAUUUGUAGUGCUCAUUCCGCGACUUCUGUUGCUUUCGCUACUAUAUGCGGCAUGCACGGUCUCCGGUGUUUGCUUGCUUUUGUAUGGCACUCGCUUGCCAAAGACCAAGAUCUCCCAUGAGCUUGACGGCAUGACGAUUGCUGUAUGACAAGUACGCAGCGACGAAAAAUAUAAGACGUCGAUAGUACGACAAAGGUAUUGUGUUGACUGCAGCAUAACGGUAAUGAGACGACAAUGGUACAACAUUGACAGCAUGACGAU